GGGCCUUCAUUACACUCUCAGCGCGUCCCCUGUUUUCCCGUGAUCCAAGAACCCCUUAUUUAGUCCAUGCUCUCUUAGCUUAGCUUAUUGUAUAGCUAACUAAAUCAUGGGAGGUGCUCAAACCAGAGGAGAAUGCAGAAAGUUCCCAUAUGACGAAAAGGUUUUGGAAGGGAUGAAGUAUAAGGUGAGGAUUCUUCAGCACGAGGUGGAAGAAAUGGUGUGUUUGAGGGAGAAAGAGAGCCGAAUGUAUGAGCAGGAGAUGGCGCUGUUCGCCGUUAAAGAAGCCGAGUGGGCGAGGGAGAGGAAGAAGCUCAAGGAGGAAGUGAAGAAGCUGAGGAAUGUGUUGGAGGAAAGUAAGAAAAGAGAUGCAGAAAUUCUGGGUGAGAAUGGUGGGGAGAGCUAUCUGAUUCACCAUAUCAGAGAGGAUCAAGCCAGGAGAGAUGAAGCAGUUGAGAAGUGGAAGCAGCUAUAUUUUUCCAUCAAGGUUGAAUUGGAUCAUCUUAUUCUCAGAACCAAUCAAGGAGAAAGUGCGUGGAGGAGAACAUAUGAGGAAGAUGUGGAAAAGGAAUUGAAAGCCAAGGAAGAAAGCAUUAAGCUUCUAGAAUCAAGAAUUGCAUUAUUGGAGCAACAAGUUUUGAAGAGGGAAAGGGAAGUUGAUAUCUUGAGACAAAGCUUGAAGAUUAUGUUUCACAACAAGAUAGGCCGUGCUUAAGUUGUGUUUUGUAAUUAUUUUAUAUAAUAUACAUCGUAUAUGAAAAGCAUAUCAUAGAAUAAUUGAAUGUUUAUAUAUAGCAGUGUAUUUCUUCUUUUCAUAUAUUUUGACAGAAAUCCAUUUAAUGUUGUAGUGUGUAUUAAACAUAUAUAGAACACCAACACAAGUCUAUAUUACUUAAGUAACUAUUUGCAUUAAAUUAAAGAGUAAUCAUUCUCGAUCUUGAUUUAA